UCUCACGAGUCGCCUUCUGCCAACAAGCCCAUCCGGCGACGUCCUCGCUGCGGCAACAUCCUCCACUCCGACGACGUCCUCCAAUCCGGCGAGCAGAAUCCAAUAGCACAAGCCCAGUUUUUAAUUGAGGGACCUGUGAGGAACAGGGACAUCUGCCUGUCUUCUUCAUACUUUCUCUAUCAACUAAGGGUUGAUUAGAGCAUCACAUAUGUCAAGUGACUAAGGUCUUCGGAGGUUCAAAGAUUUGGGAAUUUCCAAGUGACUAUAAAUUGAAGUAGAGAUGUGGUUACGCAGUUUGAAAUCCCUCCCGUGUUUUGAACCUUUUACAAAAUUCUUGAGAUCACCAUGGCUUCUCCAAGCCUGUUCUUGUUCAGAUAUUUCUUACAAGAAAACAAAACUAGCACCAUUACAGGAGCGAAGGAUGAUAGACCGGUUCAGGUUAUGGGCUAAAGGAGGUGAUGGAGGCAAUGGUUGUUGCAGCUUUCGUCGUAGCCGUCAUGAUCGCCGCGGUACACCUGAUGGUGGGAAUGGUGGAAGAGGUGGCGACGUAGUCCUAGAAUGCUCUGCAACAGUUUGGGACUUCAGCGGUCUCCAACAUCAUAUUAAUGCAAGGAGAGGGGGAAAUGGGGCUCCGAAAAAUAUGAUAGGAAGCCGAGGAGCUGAUAAGGUUGUUGUGGUACCUGUUGGUACUGUAAUUCAUCUUUUAGAAGGUGAAAUUCCUUCUUUAGUUGAGAAGAAAUCUUCUGGAUCCUUGGACCCCUGGGACAUUCCUGGUACAUUUGAUUUUGAUUCAUGUGAUUAUUCCCAACAGUCUCCUCCUACUGACAGAAUCGUGAAGGAGGAGAAAAUAGACAGUACUAGUGAUGGCUCAGCUACUUCAUAUAAACAAAACGUCAAAGAAUCAGCUCGUACUUCACCAAUUGAAGUUUUUACUCAGUUCUCACCUUCCAGAGAUGAAUCCAGGACUCAACAUAAAGCUCAUGAUUUUUCGAAGGAACAAAGCUGUAGUGACUUGGAGGAUUGGGCCAGUAACAGUAAUGCAUCUGGAACAGAAUGUGAAGAAGAUGUGGAGGAGACAGAACUUGUAGAAAUUAAUGUUGCAGAGUUAACAGAGCCUGGCCAACAAAUAAUAGUUGCCCGUGGAGGGAAUGGUGGCAUGGGCAAUGUGCGUUCUGCAAAAUGUUCUAAGAUGCACAAGGAUGACAACUUAAAUGUUGAAGUUUCUGAUGACAAUGACUUUGCAUCACUUAAUAUUGGUUUGCCUGGUUCUGAAGCUGUCUUUCUGUUAGAACUGAAGAGUAUCGCAGAUGUUGGACUUGUAGGUAUUCCAAAUGCUGGUAAAAGUACUCUUCUUGGGGCUAUAUCAAGGGCUAAACCUACAGUAGGUCAUUACGCCUUCACAACCUUACGGCCUAACUUGGGGAACUUAAAUUAUGACGAUAUUUCCAUUACUGUGGCCGACAUUCCAGGGCUUAUACGAGGAGCUCAUAAAAAUCGUGGCCUUGGACAUGCUUUUUUGCGUCAUAUAGAACGCACUAAAGUUUUAGCUUAUGUGGUAGACUUGGCUGCGGCCCUAGAUGGUAGAAAAGGUAUUCCGCCAUGGGAACAACUAAAAGAUUUGAUAAUGGAAUUAGAGUCCUAUCAUGAUGGUUUGUCCGAACGACCAUCAUUAGUAGUGGCAAACAAAAUUGACGAGGCAGGGACGGAAGAAGUUUAUGAAGAAUUAAGACAAAGGGUGCCUGGCGUUCUUAUUUUUCCGAUUUGUGCUGUUCUCGAAGAAGGAAUACCAGAGUUAAAAGCUGGUUUGAAGAUGCUUGUGAAUGGAGAAGAGACAUCCAGAUUAAACUUAGACGGUAUAAUGACCGACUAGGUGGCCGAUAUUCCUGGAGUUUAGUGACUAUAACCGUCUCUAGCAGUCAGGGAUUACACUCGGAACCAGUUCAUUUAUGUCAUUUUCAUCAAUGUAUCAGGAUGUCAGAAACUCGGACAACCUCUGGUUACUAUUUUAUUCUCACUGUGGCAUUCAUAAAUGUCGUUAGUAAGAUUAGGAUAAUUUUUAUACAUAAAAUUCUGGCUGGCUUGGGUCGCAGGCCUCUAUGGUUAACCUCACCACUGCCUGCGCCUGGAUGUAGAGGUGGGUCCAUACACGACACAACUUGUGAUAAACCAAUAGGCCGUUCCCGCCUAGGCCACAUAUUGAUAUCCCUACUUAGCUUUCCAGGUGAGUGCCUGAGAGGCAUUUUUAUCUUGAGGGUAAAACAUGUACAGCCCAAUACUUGAUUUCUCUCCUGUUUUGCUUUUGGGCGUCAAACAGAUUGAAGUUAUAGUUCCAGUUGAAGAAAACAAAUCCUUUGGAACAUCUGAAAGGAGAUCAUAUUAUUGUGAUUUAAUGAGUUAAUGACUUCUUUCAUAACACCCUAAUGGCUCUGUUGGCGGGGCUUUUGAGCUAUGGAGUUGCUUUCUUAUUUAUUUGGAGAAUUUUUUGAAAGUGCUUCUUCCAGUUGAAAGAGUUU